GCAAGCAAAUAGCGUAUGGCAGUGUGUGGCACGCCCACUGGGUAUGCGGGAGGGGUAUUGAGAGAGGCUGUGCACUUUCCUCCUGUCCCGAGCCUGCCAAAGUCAUCCCCCAAGAUGACGGGCACACAUUUCUUCGUUCUUUUGGUGAUCUCUCUCUCGUGUCUUUGGGAAAAUGUAGGAACCACGCCAGAGAAUCCACACCUAUCCUACGAUUUCUUGUAUAAUGAAGGCAUUAGUAUGUACAACGAAAAUAACUGGGAGAAAUGUGUUGAGAAUCUGGAAGAUGCCUUGAGGGACUGGCACUGGUGGAGAGAAAACUUAGCAAAGUGCCGAGAAGACUGCCAUAAUGAUACAGGCAACAUGUCAUUGCUCUCGGAGAAGCUUCAAGAACAGGACCGCUUUUUCGAGAAGACAGUGCGGACAACCCUAUGCAUUGUCAAGUGCAAAAAGACGGUCUUUGGAUCGAGGAUGGAUAGGGUAGUCGAGAGCAAUGUGGAGGAGGAUUUCGAUAUGAGGAAACCCUAUGACUACCUGCAGUUGUGUUAUUUCAAGCUGGACAAAAUGAAAGAGGCAGCAGAUGCAGCAGCGACAGUGUUAGUGGCUCAGCCAGAACACGAAGUCAUGCAGAGCAACUUGCGGUAUUACAUUGGCGAAGGAGGUGUUGACAUUGCAGACGUUGUCAAUAGGGAACUCCAGGAAUAUGGUAGUGAAUACCUCAAAGGAACAGUAGCCUAUAACAAUGAGGACUAUGCUUUGACAAUCGAGCACAUGGAAAAGAGCCUUGGGCUUUACUUCAAGGCUGACCAAGAAUGCCGCAGACUCUGUGAGAAUUCCAUUGAGCAGAAAAUACUUGAGGACUUUGUAAUGACAAUUGCAAAUCAGUACACCUAUACCAUACGGUGCAAGAGAAGGUGCAACAGAGCCCACGGAAACUUGUUGGGGGAAACUAUUCAAAACUUCCUUGCAUCAUAUUUCAAUUAUCUGCAGUUUUCUUAUUAUCAGGAAGACAAUAUCAAAAAGGCGUGUGAAGCUGUGGCCUCUUCUCUCCUGUUGGAUCCUGAGGACCCUAUCCAGCAACGUAACAAGCAGUAUUACUUAAGUAGUGAAGGCGUGACUGAAGAUAUGUUCGUUCCACGAGAGUCUGUUGUGGCAUACAAAGAACGCAUGGACUAUGAAAGAGAGUUAAUCGAAUUCAUUGAGUUGAACUUCGUUUUCCUUGACGAUGACGUCUUAGAAGACAUUGAAUUAGAAGAUGACGUGACGUAUACAUCAGACACUCCAAAAAACAAAAAAGCAAAGUCAUUGGUGCAGCAGAUUUCGGAAAAGGCCAAAACCCUCCGAAAGCGUGCCGUCGAUCAAUACAAGACUGUGUCACAGAUGGGUAUUCGAGUCUCCAUGACUGACGAGGAACUGGGUGGGCCAGAGAGGAUGGUUGCCGAUGGAUUCGCAUCGCCAGUGGAAUGCCAGAUCCUCACAGCCCUCACCAAGAUGACUUCUGUGGAAGGAGAUGGUUAUAAGAAAAAUUCAUCGCCUCACACACCCGCAGAGAACUUCCAAGGAAUGACGCUAGGAAGAACAGGCCUGAUGGUCCAUAAUAGGCUUAUUGAAAAGGAAGUUUUGGAGCUAAUCUUGGAUCUGACAAGCCACUGCCGAGAUUAUUUGGAGCGCUAUUUUAAUCUCUUGACUCCUCUCUAUUUUUCCUUUACGCAUUUGGUGUGUCGUACAGCCAGGCCAGAAAAAGCUGCAAAUAGAUCAUCCUUAGACAUGAGCCAUGAGGUUCAUGUUGAUAACUGUAUCUUGCAAAAUGAUGGAAAUUGCCUUCGAGUUCCUCCUGCUUAUGUCUUUAGAGAUUACAGGUACCUGAACCAAGAAUUUGAGGGCGGGGAGUUCAUAUUCACUCACGACCAAACGGGAUCCUCUUAUGAAAGCAUAAUUAAACCAAAGUGUGGACGAAUGGUCGGAUUUUCAGCAGGUCCUAAAAAUCCUCAUGGGGUCCUACCAGUUCACAAAGGAAGCAGAUGCGCAAUUGGCAUGUGGUUCACUCAUGACAAACGGUUCAAGGAAGUUGAGCGCACAAUGGCCGAGACACUGCUACAGAAAUUGCAAAAUGGGGAAAUGUGAUGCAAACGCGAAUAGAGGUGCUGAAUUUUGUUGUACUUAAAAAG